UCUCUCUGUUGCUCACUCCCUCUCCUUUUCCCUUCCAUACUCUCUUCUCGUUUUAUCCUUCUCACUGGCAGUGCUGUUCACCUUCCUCUUUUCCUCAUGGCCAAAUGGGAAGGGAGCUGAGGGAGCGCAGGUAUAGGAGCUCAGACAGGCAGCAGCCAGCCUGUCGGCAACAUCACACACAUUCCAUCGAUCAUGCAGUGCUCAGGUCAAUGGACUGGUUGUUUUAAUUCAAACAGGCCAUUUCGUUUUUAUUUUUCUAUUUAGACUAGAACUUUUUGUUCAUCACGCAGUGUGGACAUGUCACAGCCCAUGCUGAACCGGUGAGCUGAAUGCCUUGAAAUAAAGGAGCAGCAGUAAAGCUUUAAGGACAACCAUCGCGCUAAAUGUUGGAAUUAAUGCAAUGAAGAAAAUGGGGGACUUGGAAUCCGGUUUUGAGGAAAUGCAGGGUGUAAAGCUUGGCUAUUUGAUUAUCAAAGGCAAACAAAUGUUUGCUCUCUCUCAAGUCUUCACCGACCUCUUGAAAAAUAUCCCGCGGACUACUGUACACAAACGAAUGGACCAUUUAAACGUGAAGAAGCAUCACUGUGACCUGGAGGAACUACGAAAGCUCAAAGCAAUAAAUUCUAUAGCUUUCCACGCAGCUAAAUGCACUCUCAUUUCAAGAGAGGACGUUGAGGCACUGUAUUUUUCAUGUAAAACUGAGCGCGUAUUAAAAUCAAACAAAAGAAGGGAUAAGACAAAAACUUCCUCAGAGAAAAUGUGCGACGGCAAAAAUCACACAUCUGCCAAAAGUGACUUUUGGAGAGAGAAAGUUUGGCUAAGUUUGCAUGGCGUUCCACAGACUUUCUCAUUCAAAAAUAAAGCUGUUCGACAGGACCCUGUUUCUCGUACUCGCUCAAAUCUACCUCAAUUUUAUAGCAAAUCCUUCGCCCGUGACCUUCAACCGGUCACGAAGUCGGCAUCUGCACCCUUUAAAAACUAUGAAACAGAUCAAAUACCUGACAACUUUGUGGCUUUUGAUCAGAAACACACGUUUAUUCGGCACGUUGUAAAUCGGCAGCCGCUGCUCUAUCAGUCCGCCAUUGCAGCGCAGGCAAAGCACCAAGGCAACGCAGACCUACUUUACAAAAGGAAGAGGAAGCGCGAGAGCAGCGCGAGGCAGCUCUGGUCGAGAAGCAGACGCAGUCAUCCGGUUCUGGUCGUCCCGAAGUGUUGUAAGCCAAAAGUUCCUAACGGAUCUUUGAGCCAGUUUCAGCACCUCGAACAUGGAUUUUACGUCGAUCCUCGCCACACUCUGCAUUUUCAGGAAAGCUGUAGCAGCGACACUGAGUCUAGCACCAUCUCAGAACGGGUGAACAACGAUUCGGAUUUCGGGUCGAGUUUCUCUACCACCAGCAACUCCGGGACUUCAGACGAGGAGGAGGAGGAUGACUCUCUGUCGGAUUCUUCAGAUGUCAGUAGCGAUGAGGAGAGCUCCUCUCAGUCUGACUCGAGCUCUGUGUCCAGUCAAGUUUCAGUGCAGAGUAUUCGUUUCAGGCGUGCGAGGUUCUCGAGUCUCAACACAAAAGCACCUCUGCUGUUACAACCAACUUUUCACUACAGGCCUAAUGUGCAGGCCAUAGCCACUAACCAGGGUUUGACGACUACUCUGGAUUGCGAAAGAACUGGCAAAACUCAGAAAUCGGACUUCAGUGACUCACACAAAGAUGGUGAUGCCGCAGAUAAUGUGCAGAAGUUCUGCCCGGUGCGGACCUUCUUCCCAGAUUUGCGACAAAAGGAGGAUUCCGAAGCACCAUCACGCCUUGAAUUUUCAAAUGAUCCAAAGAUAACAGAUUCUAACAAAAUUAAGGAGAUCGGGCUCACACCCAAUACACAUGGAAACAAGGCGUUUCCCCAACAAAGAAUACCGGCUUCGGCAAACAAAUGCUCCCAAGCCCUGAUCUCCCACUGUGUUCCGGACAAAGAAAUAACGGUUUGUAAGUCUUCUGACAGCAAUCUUUCUUUAGUAGCAAAUUCCAAGAGGGAAGCAAAAACUUCCCUCAAACUACCUUCACCUUUAAAACAUAUCAAAACAGAGGCCGAGGAACUCAUCAGUACCAACAAUGAGGGCAACAGGGCAGUAAAAACACCACCAUUUUUACUCAACAACGUGAAGAUUAAAGUCGAGGACACCUUUGACGAUUAUGAAUAUGCAAAACAGCCCCCGGAUUAUCAAUGUAAGGAUAAUGACGCUGAUGACCAGUGCAUUAGUGAUCCUUUCAAGGAAACUGACCACUGGAAAGCCGCGGAGAGCUCUGUUCAAAAACACCCUGCCUUUAACGAGGAAUCAAAAAGCACUUUAAACACCCGAUGUUCUGAGGAAGGGGAAUGCAAGAACAGUGCAAGGGUCCGGAAGAACUACAGAUCAAUUCUUCUGGGUAAAAAAGCCGAAACUGCAAGGACAUCUGCGAAAUCAGCUUCAAAAGUUGACCGGAGCCCCCGUUCUGCAGGAAAAUUCGCUAGCAGUGAAAUAUCGAGUGGAGACUGUGCUGGCGCGAGCAAACGCAAACGGGCAAGUGCCAGUGUAGCAUCUCUAAAAAAGCCCUUCAGGUUCAUGGCGAAUUUUCCCUCUCCACCGGCCCUUCUUAUUGGCAGCGAUGGAGAUUUGAGUCCCGCUUACUCUUUGAACUCUUUAAGAAGUAACCAACUGCCUCAUCGUUCUCACCCAGUUUGGAGAUGGCAGCUCGGUCAUUCAGUUGUUCCUCCCCCUCCAAGCCACAAAUUCAGGAAAGCCUCUGUUAUCCCUUGAACUGUUGUUGUUUUUUUAGCUCGGGGAAAUGUCUCAAAAAUGUGACAAGCACUGAUACCCGUUAGUUGUUUUGUUUUCACUGUUGUUUCAAUGCAUAGCCUACGUUUCUGGCCUGUUGUUAUGUAGCACACAUGUUGUCUUCAUAUCUCGCAGGCUUGUUUUAUGCAUGGAGGUUUAGAACUCGGGUAUUAUAAUAAGCUGGUAUAGGAAAAAUACAUUAUUGACUGUUUUUGACCUGACUGACUAGACUCUCACAGAGUAAAUGUUGGCAUAUUUUACAGGCAGGGUUAGCCAUCUCUUGUAAGGAUGGCAUUGUGUGAUAAUCAGGUCUGUCAACUAAAAUGCUGAUUUUUGUUUUUGAAACAUCUUUGUCGGUAUAUUUUGGGCCAAUGUUUUGUAAUCCCCUUUUUGCUUCAUCUACAUUCUGAAUUACUGUAGCCCGAUUAUCUAUACCCUUCUUAUUUAUUCAUUUUAAGGGUGCUCCCCAAUUGUUGGCGUCUGGCUGUGUCACUCACGCAGCACACCAUGACUCCCACGGUAGGCCCAACACAAUGGCCCUCUAACUGACAAUCAAGAGCUGUUUGAUUUGCACGAUGUAAUAGAGGGAAAACACCAAGUCGAACUCCUUCUGUAGCACAUUAGCUAAAGGUAUAGAACAGCUAAAGCACAAAUUUACCACGCAUUGCACUUUGCUAAUGCCUAUUAAUGUGGAUUAGUGAUGUGUUUUUAUUUUUAGUUUUACGCAAAAGAGCCAUCGCAAGUUGACCCAAAAACAUUUUCAAAUAAGUACAAAUUAACUUGGUGCUAUUUCAAUUUUUUUCUUUUUGAUUUUAAAAGAUUUUGUGAGUAGUUUUUAUUAUAAAUGUUGCAGUUUAAUCGCGGAGACCUGUACCGAUAAAUACAACAACAGUGUUUUACACACGUAAUGAAAUCAAAGAAAAACAACCUCGGUGCUCAGUGGAAUACACACAUUCUGGUCAGGGUAUGCCAAGUAAAUGUUUAUUUCUUUUUGACUCAAGUAGCCUUGUCUUUUUCGUAUGGUGUUUUGAUUGUGGUUUUUCUUAACUAGGCCUAUUUUCCGAGGAUAUGAAUUGCCUUGGUACUCGAAAGAGUAAACUUAAAAAACAUUCAAGUGCUAACUUGGUGUUCCACUAGAGUACCUUGCUCCAUAUAAAUGCCUUGUGAUGAAUGUACUGUGACGUACCACAUUUGUUUACUUCAGCAAAAGCAGACCGCCUCAAAGACAGGCUUUUAAAAGCAAAAUAUGUCAUUUGAUUAGCCAGUAAACUAAAUUAAUAAUUUCUUAUUUUAUUACCAAGUAGUGAACAUGUUCAACUGCAUUUUAAUUUCUCUCUCUCUCUCUCUCUCUCUCUCUCUCUCUCUCUCUCUCUCUCUCUCUCUCUCUCUCUCUCUCUCUCUCUCUCUCUCUCUCUCCCUCACACACACACACACACACACACACACACACACACAAAAUACAAAGCCUGUGAGUUAUCAAUGAACAGGCAUAGACUAUGCAGAUUUGGCUAAAGGGAGGCUACCGGGUACACGUUAUUCUCAGAAAACACGUAAAAAACUUAAAGGGUAUUAAGGCAUGGGCCCAUUACGUGUAAUGUGUUUUGAUUAACGUGUACAAUUGGGGAUAUACACCAUGUAGCAUAUUAGGUGAAACUGCGUCGCUUUGUGAAUGUUCCAAUGUGCGAUAUAGUGUACACUUUGACAGGUGAAUGAUUAAAAAUAGUGGUUCUAUAUUUUUGUAACGCGACUAUUUAAUGCCCGCUCUUUCGAGCGUAUUAAAGGAACUUUCUGUUCCAUUCUGUGUCAAAGUGCACAGCGGAUUGACAGAAUUGCAAUGCCGUCCCAUCCUUCGAGGAAUUAAUUAAAUACUAGCCAAAUUAAACAGAAUGUAGCGGCGCCAUUAAGUUUCAUAAUCUUUACAAUGAACAGAAAUGGGCGAAUGGGCGGUGACUCAAUGUUAUCAUGAUAGGCUGUAUCUGGUCAUGGUGGACUUUGUUAUCUUUCUGCUUUUGCCACAAUACUUGAGGUCAGAUUUUGACAUGAUUUUUUUCUUAAACUGAAGUCACUGGUUGUUUAUAAAAUUGCAUAUUUAUUUUUGUGAUAUUUUUUUCUCUCUCCUGUUUUUGUAUACCAUUGUUGUUGUUUAUCGGAUAAAUGCACUCGAAAUGAAAACUUGAAAACGUGAGGUGGAUUUUGAAGCACUUUCUUUCUUUUUAUGGUGAAACUGUUCAUUAAAUACAUCUG